AUGCAUUUCAACAACAAGAUCUCCGUCGCUCUGUUGGCCGCUCUGGCUGCUGGUUCGGAGGCCAGCCAUGCCCGCAACCACAAGCUCUUCCACCCCAGGAACGUCAACUCGACCGUGUCCACCUCGUCGGUGAUUGUCUACCCAACCCCGGUGUUGACCCCCAGCUCCUCCGUGCCCGCUGGCUCCUCUUCUCCCGCUGGUUCUUCCCCGGUUGCCUCGUCUUCGGCUGCGGGAUCUUCCUCCGUCGUCACCUCCGCGACCUCGGAUGCCACCUCGUCGGUCAUUACCCAGGCUCCCCCUCUCAGCACCGGUGUCCCUGGAUCCUCCGGCGCUGGUGAUGAUGACAACAACAACUCGGGAUCGGCCACUGAUAUCACCAUCACCUAUACCCUCGGCACUGGUACCUCGAAGAGUGUGGUCACCACCACUAUCCACAAGACCGCCACUAACACCGAAACGGUCUUCACGAAGACCCCUGCUGUUCCUACUGCCGGUAGCGAGGAGCAGACCACUACUCUUCACUCCACCUCUACUUCUACCAUCACCGUUGUCGAGGUUCCUUCUUCCUCUGCUGCCCCUGGCAACGGUGGCAACGACGGCAGCGAGGCUUGCACCGGACAGGCUACCGUCACCGUUACUGCCACCGUCACUGAGACCGUCACUGGGGCCCCUAGCGCUACUGCUAAGCCCGGUGACGACUACACCAAGCCCCAUGACCAGGACCACCAGAAGAACCCUGGUAACUCUGGAAACCCUGGCAAGAACAACGGCAACAACAACAACAACGAGGGCGAGGAUGAGAACGACCAGGGCGAGAACGACAACAACGACGGUGCUGAGCACACCAAGGCUCCUCUCCCCGUCCCUACCCACACUGGACGUCCUCCCUUCGGCAACGGCACCCUGCCGAUUCCCACCAGCGGCUUCGCCAAGCCCACUGGCUUCUUGACCAGCAGCAAGCACGCUUUCCCCACCAACUUCCGCCGCUCCCACUAA